AUAAGAGAUUGACUACCCCCACCGCGGCAGCCCAUGUCCGCAUGGGUCCAAGAAUCUCAGCUUCAAUUUCAUCACCCCUGAAGGACUCCCUCAGCUGUUUUACUUUUCUUUCUUACUCUCGACAUUAAGGCCACUUGAUGCUAUAUUGGACCGUCUGCUACUCUUUCCCACGACUUGGGUCUUCAAGUGAACUCUGGGAAAUUGGGAAUCGUGGGAAUACUGCAUGACACCAUCACGAGGGCCAAGACAUCAGUGAACCAUACUUAUCCACCACCCCGCGAUACGAGGCUCGAUUUUGCUUCAGACACAACCCACGGCUCUUAGGGUGAAAGCCCCAAAUUCACUAUGCUCUUCUCCACGAUACUAGUCGUCGCCUGUGCUUCGCAGACCAUAGCCCGGAGCACACCUAGAAUAUGGGCGCGGGGUGCAGCCGAAAAUGUAAUACUGACAAAUUGCACCAACCCAUCAAACUCAAGUGAUAAAUCGUCGGAAGUGACGUAUUACACUGGCAACCCGGACUCUACACCAGAUGACAUCUCAACUGUGACUACAGGUCAGUAUUGGGACUGGGCGAACAAGACGACAACGGGAUAUUUCAGCGACACGGGCACCAAGUUCGUCUCCGUACUCAAUCCGAAAGGCCAGGCGGGAGAUUAUGCGGGAACGGGAGAUAACGGGUACGGAAACUUCACAUGUUGGCAGACGGACUCGAUACUCGUGUAUACCAAUAACAACAGAGACUGCUACGUACAGUACGACUGCAAUCAUCAAGGGUCUCCUGCCUCAAUAACAGCAGCUUCAUCGAGUUCAUCUGCCACAGCCACAGCCGCAUCGUCAGCAUCAGCAUCAGCAUCAGCAUCGGCGGCCUCUUCGAGCAGCUCACACCUAUCCGUCGGCGCAAUAGUAGGACUUAGUAUCGGAGCAGCAGCCGGCGCCGUGCUACUCGCCGGCUUAGCCGCUUUCUUCCUAUGGCGGCAUUACCAAACAAAGAAGGCGAACGCAGCAUCAGCCAGUUCAGCGGAGAAAGGACCGGAAACUGGAGUGCCGCCAUUACCACCAAAGGGCCCUUCACCCGUGAAUGCGAUAUGGCAAGGUCCGGGCGCGAGGGAAAUGGAAACACCAAAUAACCACCACGAAUUACACAAUUACGAUCAGCCGACCGAGAUAUACGGCGAAGCUCUUAGAGGGGAACUAGAUGGGGCCACUAGAGCAUCAGAACUUCAUAACUACGACUUGCCCCCUCGAUAUGAUUUCGAGACUGCGCCGCCGGCGCCAAGCCCGGUAAACCCUGGGGCUUACGGAGCUUUCAAGGGACCUAUCUAAUGACACCAAAUGCUACUAUUCUAAGGAGAAAAUUAGUUUCUGCGGAUAGUAUCCGUGUUCAGUCAUUUUCAAACUCGUCGUGGGUGAUCGAGGUCGCAUGAAAGCGACGGCAUACCGGCCUUAUACAGGAGUCUCGAGUCUCAUUAGGCUCAAUCACUAAUGGGGGCUCACCACCCCAAGGAUUAAUGGUGUUGAAAGUUUCAAAAUACCAAUAGGAGACGGGCUUCUAUCUAGCAGACUCGGAGACGACGCACUCCGGACUUCCAGACUAAAGAUUGUGUUGGUUCCAUUGAGGGAUACUUCUAAUCAAGCACCAUAGAUGUGCGGAAAUAUAUGAAAAGCUAGGUCAAUGAUUGACCAAGCAUCUGGUUAAAAUUGAAAGCCAUGUGUCGAGACAUUGAGGUCACGGAUUCAAUCGGGUUGUUGGUAGUAAUGUGCCACGGCUAGAAACUCGCCAUUACGGGGUAUGAAUUUGAUGAUGGAUAGGUAGGUAGUAUAGGUAGGACAUCUCAUGAUCUCCAUCUGUUACUAAGGCGAGUUGAUCUCUAUAGUUCAAUAUAACUAUGGUUACUCUGUCAA